AUGAACUCCUCAAUUCUUCAACUCGGCAGUCCAGGUUUUGAGGAAUUUGUCAUCAGAAACUGUGUCAUCGUCCUUUUUGGAUUCACCAUCAUCUGCAUCAAUGGAAUGUUUAUUUUCACGUUCUUCAAGAGUCCAGUUUUCUAUCAAGAUCCAAGAUAUAUUUUGUAUGUACACUUGGUUAUGAAUGACAUGCUUAUGGUUGGUGUCACAGUGACGCUAUAUGUAAUGACAUUCGCAUGUCAAAAUGUAAACGUCUUAUUCUGUUGUAUGCUACUUAUCAUAGCCUCAACAACUCACAAGAACACUCCGCUGAACUUGGCCGGCAUGGCAUUAGAGCGCUACAUUGCCAUCUGCAAACCUCUUCAUCACCCUCACAUCUGCACAGUGCACAGAACCUACAUCCUUAUCGGUCUGAUAUGGGGAGUUGGAUGUAUCCCUGGACUGGUAGACUUGGUUAUUGCCAUCAUCAUUAACCCUUUUUCCAUUUUUAACACCGUUACUUACUGUGCUUCAGCAUUUCUCUACAGCUCUGUUUACCAUGAGGAUAAGAACAAAGCUGUACAGGGCAUUUAUAUGUCGUUUGUAUGGGUGAUUAUUGUCUUCACGUAUUGCAGGGUGCUGCUCACAGCUAGAAAGAUGUCAACUGACAAAGCUUCUGCUAAAAAAGCUCAGAGUACAAUCCUGUUGCAUGCAGUGCAGCUAUUGCUUUGUAUGUUGUCCUACGCCACUCCUGUGCUGGACAUAAUUCUUGUCCUUAUUUUGCCCGCUCAUCGAAAAAAUAUCGUUUUUUUCAAUUACUUGCUGACAAACAUUCUUCCACGGCUGCUGAGCCCCUUAAUAUACGGCGUUCGAGAUCAGACGUUCAUCAAACACAUGAGAAAAUAUCUCUUAAGAAGAAUUUUAAUUGUAAAAAUUGAAUCAGGCAGGCCAGCAAGAUCUUCUUCACCUGCCCCCUGGCUGAUGGGUGUCCUGGGCAGCAACCGACAAGAACUAAGGAAGGCUGAGAGAAGGUGGAGGAAAUUGCAGCUCAACUCAGAUCUUCACUCCUCCCAAUCUCUCCUUUCCAAGUUCUCACUCAAAGUUACUGCCACAAAGUCAUCUGUCUACAGAGGGAAACUGGAAGCAUCAGCAUCUGAUCCACGCAAGUUCUUCAACAUUUUCUCCUCUCUUCUCAACCCUCCUCCUCCCCCUCCACCCUGUUCUCUCACCCCUGAGGAUUUUGUCACCUUUGUGGAGAAGAUUCUGUCCUUCAACUGA